AUGCUUGCAGAUUUCGAAUCCUGGCGUCCUGUAUUCAGGCAGAACUUCGGCGUGCUUGUGCCGUACAAGGACGUGUCUGUGCAGAUAGAGAAGAAGUUACACUGGUGGUGGCCUAAGACAUGGCUGCAGGAGGAGGCGAAAGACCGCUUUGAGCAAGCGGCGCGUCUUUUCAUGCAGAGCACGGUGUCUGUCGCCAAACAGCUGCGGCCGCGUGCUCUGUGGGGAUACUACGGCUUUCCUUACUGUUUUAAUGUGGCCACUAAUAACCCUGGCGAGGCCUGUCCUGCUAACGUCGUAAAGGAGAAUAAUCAGUAAGUAGAAUUUCUUGUUUGUUCCAUAGUGAAAAUUAUAUUUUGUUAUAUUUAACUUCUAACUACUAUUGUAAAUGCGAAUGUU